GGACCCAGAUUCUUUGAACCACCCACUCAAUUAUAGCUAUGCCCACCCUUGGCUGUUACACUCUCCCUUAUAUUCAGUUUAAAAGGGAUACAUUAUCCAAUGAGGGAGUUUCUUCCCUCAGGCAUCCAGAACCUUCUGUCUCUUCCCGGAGAUAACCCUUGGCAACCAAUAACAACACUUUAUAACUUUCCCUCCAAAACUCGGCAGCUGACAAUCUUUUUACCUCAGACAAGGCUAUAAGAGAUUCUUACAUUAACCCUUGCAGAGCCUGGAGUGGACAAACAACAAGGAAAAUACAAAACACUUUACAAACCAUAAAACAAAGUAGGAAGGGGCCAUUCCUUCACACCAGGUCCAAAGUGUUAAUGGACAGACACUAAAUAUUUUUUCUGAUCCAGAGCUCCCUUAGGUGUUCUGGUUCAUAUAUGCAGCCCUUAGGAUUUCCUGCUCACUUCAUUGGAGGAAGAGGAGACUGCUCCUGCAUCUGUUUGCACAUGGAUGGAUUCAUUUAAGUGAAUGAGGAAGCCCUUGCUUCAGAAAGAGGAAGGGAGUUCUGUGCAUGUGCAUUAGCUGUUCUGCAAGCACAAGAAAUCAGAAUAAAUUAUUCUUUUAAAAAAAUAGAAUUCUGAUUUGAUAAAAUGUCAUUAGCAACAACUACAAGAAAAUGAAAAAUAGAGGAACAGUGAGGAGAAGUAAUAAUUUAUUUGUGAAAUACACCAGAACAUUUUGCCCAAUACAAAGUUCUCUUUUCAUGAAAAUAACACACAAUAUAAAUGAAAUCUAAAUGCUUUAUUAAUUGAAAUGAUUGAUUUCCAUACCCUAUAUUAAUAUUUUCUCUCAAAGCAAGCUUGUGGUAGAUUGACAUUUAAGCCAAUUGUUCAUAACAGUACCACUGAGAAAUCUGAUUUAUUAAACAGACAUUUCAUUGAAUUCUACUGGACCAUUUCAGAUGCAUUUCUGUAUGUCCCUUAGCUAACACGAUCUUUAAUGAAAUUUCAUUUAAUCUGACAUCACACACCCUACAUAAACCCUGAUUCCAAAAGAAGCAGAGUUUAUAUAAAAAGAUCCCUUUGUUGUUGCAACAUUAUAGAACAUACUUUGUGACUGAUUAUUUAGGAAAAUAUAUUUUAUUGGCAGAACAAAAAACAUUAGCAUCAUCUAAGGAAUAAAAUUUUAGCCAACUGAAAGUCUUCCAGGAAAAACUGCACUAUUAAAACAUGGAACAAGUUUGGGAGUUGGUCUUGAGCUAUUUGGGUAUAAAUCCCCCAUCAAUCAUUUUGAAAUUGCUUUAAUUCUGGGACAUUAAUUCUGAAGUGCCUCAGGAGUUAACAAACAAAGGAAAUUGGUCUUCUUUGGAGAGUGAGCUCACAGAUGUAAUAUCAUGAUCUAUUAUGACAGAGAAGGCUACGAGUCACAGGUCAAAAGACUAAAGGAAAUUCAGACAAAUUCUACCAUUAGACAUAUUUGUUCAGUCCUUCAGUGAAAAGCUAUAACUGAGACAGGAUUUGAUCCAUAUGCACCAAAAUGAAAUCCUUCUUCAAGGCAGAACUAUCCAUUCUACUGCACCUUUGAGCCAGUUCAGAUGAUACUUCUUCUGGCCCAGUCUAAACACAUGAGGGAGGCAUGCAACAUGCACAUCACUGCCAUCUGGUGUGCCAUCCUGCUGUUACCUAAUCUCACAGAGGGAGGAUCCAAACCACCCUUCAAUAUACAAAUUAAAUGCCACUUUUCAGUAAUAUUAGUGAAUAUGAUUAGGUGAUGGUAGGACAGAUGUGGGGGCAAGUCAUACACAGUGACAUCCCUCCCCCAUGUGAUUAGGGCAAGUGGGUUGGAUUAUCAUCUGAACCAGUUGUCUCUUCAAAACCUGGAUAGAUCUUCUGCUCUGCAAAUUGGGGUGGGAGAGUGCAAUUUGCUUUAGGCCAGGGCUGCUCAACUUUGGCCUUCCUGCAGAUGUUGGCCUACAACUCCUAUAAUCCCUGGCUAUUGACCACUGUGGCUGGGAUCAUGGGAGUUGUAGUCCAAAAACAGCUGCAGCCGUGGGGGCUAAGUUGAGCAGGCCUGCUUUAGACAAAUAACAAGUCUACACUUAACCCCUUCCCAGUCUGCCCCUACAAUUUCCCUUUUCCUCCUCCACUUUGCCCCAGCACAAGUUCUAGACCCAAGUUCUUGCCCCAGCCCUAGUUUCCAUUACAUAUGGGGAGUUAGAACUUGUAUAGGGAACUAGCUCCCUGCAGCUAGUGCAGGGAGAGGGGAGUUGCUGGGAAUAAUCAGAGAUAAAUAAAGGGUUAGCCCCUCAUCCAUUGUUUCUCUAAUCCAUGUUACACCUUCCUUUUCAUCCACUGAGCAGGGCCCUCAAGGGCAUAUGAUUCUGUGAUCUUUAUUAUUUCUAUACCCUGAUUUGUAGAGGAAAAGGUAUGGCCAGACUUUGAAGACACAGGAUGGAAGAAGAAUGCUUAGAUUUAAUUUUUACUGUUCAUAUUUCAUGGUGGCUUGUAAUAUUUCAUCAAAAUAUAUUACAGUGGUCUACAAUCCACACAAAAAAGCCAAGAAACAGAUUAAUCUUUACAUAAAUAAUGUAACAGUUGAGUCAUGCUUCAUUUUGUUGACCAUAAAUGUGGAAAUCCCAGAACUCUAGUGAAUGUCCAUUGCCAGUUGGAGAAAGCUAUGCCUUAUGAACAAGAAAGAGUGACUACUGUGCAGCAUUGAUUGAGAUGAAAAGCUAAAAGUAUAGUCAUGUCAACAUCAUCAUUCAAUGAAAUAUUUGAAGAUGGAGUGAAAAUAAUCUUCAAGAUGAGACCCCACCCCACCCCACCCAUUCCCACAACAUUAAGUGGUACAGUCCAUUUUGCCAUCUCAGGAUUCUGCUGUCUCAUUUUCCUGCAUCUAUAGACCAAGGGUUAUUGAUUUUCAUGGAAGGGCUUAGCCAAGCUGUAACUCUCCCACUGAAAACAGCAUAGGAACCUGCUAGGAAAAGUUGGGGAUCCUACUUUGUACGCAUUGCCUAGAUGCACAAAGUACAAGCCAGGAACUUACCAGGACAUUGAACAAUGAAUUAUUUGCUCUUCAUCCAAGAAUUAGACAUGGAAGGAUAGUGAUCUUGGCUCUGCCUGCUAUCAGCCAGUUUGUCCAGAUCCUUUUCGUAAGCAAAAAGAAAAAGGUGUUGUUCUGAAGAACUCCUAAUUGAUGAACCACAAUUGAAUAAUUGACAAUUCCACACUGACGUGUACCUUUUGGAAAUGGAGCCAAAAGUUGGCAGUCUUACAUUUGGCUUCCAGAGAAGCUCAACAUCUGAUGAUGACUCUGGCUGUGCCUUGGAAGAAUAUGCCUGGGUCCCUCCAGGUCUUAGACUUGAACAGGUGCAGCUGUACUUUGCUUGUUUGUCAGAGGAGAAGGUCCCUUAUGUUAACAGUCCUGGAGAGAAACAUCGAAUUAAACAGCUUCUGUAUCAGCUACCACCCCAUGAUAAUGAGGUGAGAUAUUGCCAAUCUUUAAGUGAAGAAGAGAAAAAGGAACUUCAGAUAUUUAGCUCGCAACGUAAGAAGGAGGCACUGGGACGUGGCACAGUCAAAUUACUCUCGAGGGCAGUAAUUCAUGCACUUUGUGAACAGUGUGGUACAAAGAUAAAUGGAGGUGAAGUUGCAGUGUUUGCCUCAAGAGCUGGGCCUGGUGUGUGCUGGCACCCAUCCUGUUUUGUGUGUUCUACAUGCAACGAACUUCUUGUUGAUUUAAUCUAUUUCUAUCAAGAUGGAAAAAUUCAUUGUGGUAGACACCAUGCUGAAUUACUCAAGCCACGUUGUUCAGCAUGUGAUGAGAUUAUUUUUGCUGAUGAAUGCACAGAAGCAGAAGGCCGCCAUUGGCACAUGAAGCAUUUUUGUUGCCUCGAGUGUGAAACCAUCCUUGGUGGACAAAGAUACAUUAUGAAGGAUGGACGCCCAUUCUGUUGUGGCUGUUUUGAGAGUCUCUAUGCAGAAUAUUGUGAGACUUGUGGGGAACACAUAGGGGUUGAUCAUGCUCAGAUGACUUAUGAUGGACAACACUGGCAUGCCACAGAAACUUGCUUUUCCUGCGCUCACUGCAAAGUUUCCUUACUUGGCUGUCCUUUCCUUCCCAAGCAAGGACAGAUUUAUUGCUCCAAGUCAUGCAGUAUGGGAGAGGAUGUUCAUGCCUCAGACUCUUCUGAUUCUGCUUUCCAGUCUGCCCGUUCAAGGGACUCCAGGAGGAGUGUCCGUAUGGGAAAAAGCAGCCGGUCAGCAGACCAGUGCAGGCAGUCUCUCCUCCUGUCCCCGGCCCUGAGCUACAAAUUUCCUGGCUUUUCAAGCACUGCUGAUGAUACGCUUUCCCGGAAAAUGGAUGAUUUAAGCCUUUCAAGGCAAGGAAUGAGCUUUGUUGAUGAAGAUCUCUGGAAAGGAAGGGGAGAGCAGGAAAUGCCUGACGAUCCAGAAGAGUGGGCUGAGCAUGAAGACUAUAUGACUCAGCUGCUCCUAAAGUUUGGUGAUAAAGGGCUCUUUCAGCAGCCAGUGGAAGUAGAUAUUCGAUCAAGUGAACAGUGGAUUUCUGAGAACAUGAUUAAAGGGAGGUCAGAGUUGAAGAAAAAUAGUCAAAGCCUAGCAAGCAAGAAAUACCAGUCAGAUAUGUAUUGGGCACAGUCCCAAGAUGGCCUAGGGGACUCUGCAUAUGGUAGCCACCCAGGGCCUGCUAGUAGCAGGAAGAUCCAGGAGCUGGACAUGGAACAUGGCACACCUAGAUAUAAAUGUGACCAAAAGCAAUGGUAUGGAGACUCGCUAGAGUGUCUGUCGGACCUGAAACAGCAAGAGCAGUGUGUUCGAGAUUCAAUGGAUUCUCUGGCCUUGUCUAAUAUCACAGGUGCCUCAGUGGAUGGAGAAGUCAAACCAAGACCACCUUUGUAUUCCUUGCAAACAUAUCAAGAGCUGGAAGUAGAGGAUUGUGAGAAAAUGAGCAACAUGGGGACUCUUAAUUCCUCUAUGCUUCACAGGAGCACAGAGUCUCUAAAAAGUUUAAGUUCAGAAUUAUGUCAAAGUAAAACAGUGCCAGAAGAAAAGCCAAUACACAUACCGGUGCUCAGAAGGUCCAAAUCUCAGACUAGACCUCAGCAAGUUAAGUUUUCAGAUGAUGUCAUUGAUAAUGGCAAUUAUGAGAACCUUGACAUUCGUCAGCCUCCUAUGAGUGAACGGACUCGUAGGCGUGUGUAUCAGUUAGAAGACCAUGGAAAGAGACAGCAACAUCGUCGCAGACGGAGUAGAAAAUCUCGGUCAGAUAAUGCACUGCACUUAGCUGCAGAAAGAAAAUCUUCACCAAAGGAGAGACUUCAUUUUUAUUCUCCUCCUCCGGAUUAUGACACGUUACUUCAAAAUAAAAGUCCUCAUGCAAUUCGGGCAUUUACUCCAAACCCCUACAGCCAGUAUACUCGUAUUACUUCUGACUAUGCAAUGGAAAACCAGCGAGACCAGUUUUUUGGAUUAUUUGGUGAGGAGGAAGACUCUUGGUGUUCAACUUCAUCGUCCUCCGAUUCUGAAGAGGAAGGAUACUUCUUAGGACAGCCAAUUCCGCAGCCUCGCUCAGUGAGAUAUCCCUACUAUACAGAUCUUUGUAGUCCAACUACUGAACUCUCUAGUUCUCAGUUUGGGCAAAGGGCAACAAAGUCCAAGAAGCGAAAAGCACACAAAGGCAAAAACUGUAUAAUUUCUUAAGCUUGCCUAGUAACUAUGAAUGCUGUGCCUACACUGUUUAAAUGUGUUAUAGAUAAAUGGCAAAAUAACUUGGUAAGAUGAUAAAAUGCAUAGUGUUGGCAAUGACCUCUGAAAGCUCUGGUUUUAGGAGGGCUGUAACAACAUGAGCAAAUAGAAAAUAAAUUUUAUAAUGCUGCAUAGAUAUGGUCUUAAGGGGGCAUGCCUGCAAUUGGACAAAUUAAGUUCAGGCAGUGAUUUUUGUGUGUGGUUUGUUUUUUUGCAAAAUGGUGCUAAAAAUCAAAAUGACAGCCUCUCCAUCGUGUUAUAGUGUCAGAUGCCUAUUUAAAUAAGACACAAAAUGUGGCUUUUUUGCACCCCAAUGCAAUAUCCUAUAGCUGUAUCACUAUAGCUUAACCAAGAAUUAUUUGCUUCUAUGCAGGUCAACUAGUGUUUAAGACUCAUCCAAUUUGACUAGUCCCCUUGAUUUUGACCAAGUGAGAAUAUAGCUAUUUCCAUUCAGACAAAAUCAAUUUAGUAGGAAACGUAUUUUCUGAGGCAUGUGGCAUAAGCAGCAGUUUAUGAAGUUAACUGCAUUGUCAGUGGGCCUGCUUAUAUUAAAAAUGGUUGCAAAAGCAUAUUUAAGAAUUCUGUCUAUUUGAAACGCUAUCCCAGGUUUCAAAUGUAGAAUGAGCAGCAAUUGGAUCCAACUGAUAUUUAUAAUGUACUAUUUCCUAGUUGAAACUGUAUUCAUAACUUAACAGUGCAAAUAGUGUACAUAUUGUAAAGUUAAGAUUUAACAGACUUAUUUUUUAUAUCCCUGAAUUGCAAGACAUCUGUUAAUACAAAAGUAGUUUUAUUUGAGGGUUUAACAUCAGCUUAAGUCAGGCAAGAGUUUGUUAAAUGUUCACAAGUUUAUAGUAGUGAAAUGUUUAAAUAUUUGACAGUAAAGCUCUGUAUGCAUGGUGGAGCUAUGUAAAUACUGUUUAAGCUAUGAUCCUUAACAUUAAAGGAAUUAUUUAUGG